UAUAAGUGAAGUUAUAAAUUUAUUCCAUGACACUAAUUAUUCUUGUUCUGGUUUGUGUAGUAGGUAUACACACAGAGAGACACUGGCACAAAAAAACAAAAUAUAAAUAAAAAAUAAAUAAAUAAAAAUAAAAAUAACGACGGGCUGAAAUAAUGAACUGCAAUAAUUAUGUAACAUCUGCCUGUGUUGGAGAAUGUUCUAUGCCACAGUGAGUCUUAAUAAAUGCUAUAUUAACUGUAAUUUAAGUGAAACCCUAGUGUGUGUGGUCAGUAUAGGGUGGUCGAAUCCUGUUGGGGGUGGAUCCACACAUGCACACUUAUAUCACACUUCUGUCUUCUUGAGAAUUUCAUUAUAAUGUUAGUGUGCUCAAAGAAAAUGGUCCAUGUUGUCCUUUUGUUCUGCUUGUGCUUGUUGCAACUGGAUGGUAAGUUGGAAAUGUGUGUUUGGUGAUACGGUUACACUGGAGUCAGUGUCAGUGCUGGAGGGAGAUUCAGUCGCUCUAAACUCUGGUUUUACUGAAAUGAUGGAUGAUGAUCUGAUUCUGUGGAGGUUUGGAGCUGAAAACACUUUAAUAGCUCAAAUCAGUGUAAUGGAUGGCAGCAUGACUGUAUUUGAUGAUGUUCUUGAUGAGAGAUUCAGAGACAGACUGAAGCUGAACAAUCAAACUGGAUCUCUGAUCAUCACAAACACCAGAACUGAACACACUGGACUCUAUCAACUACAGACCAACAGUGUGAGCAAGAGCUUCAGUCUCACUGUCUAUGCUCAUCUGCCUGUUCCUGUCAUCAGCAGUAACUCUACAAACUGUUCAUCAUCAUCAUCAUCAUCAUCAUAUUGUUCAUUGUUGUGUUCAGUGGUGAAUGUGGGUCAUGUGACUCUCUCCUGGUUCAAAGGACACAGUUUAUUGUCCAGCAUCAGUGUGUCUGAUCUCAGCAUCAGUCUCUCUCUACCUCUGGAGGUGGAAUAUCAGGAUAACAACACCUACAGCUGUGUGCUCAACAAUCCCAUCAGCAACCAGACCAGACAUAUCAACAUCAGUCAACUCUGUCAGACAUGUUCAGGUACAGCAGCGCUGAUGUGUAUAUUUACUAUGUACUCAGCAUCUAAAACAGUGCCGAUCUCUGCUGCUGCUGCUGGAUCUCUGCUGAUUGUUGCUGCAGUUGGGAUCUUUUGUAUUUGCAGGAAAUGUAGAAAAACUGAUGAAGAAGUUGAGACUAAUGAAGAUGAGAUCACUUACAUUGAGCCUAUGUUCUACAAAAGAAAACCACAGAAACCGGAUGUUAAAGAGGAUGAUCACGUGGAAUAUGCACCUAUCGCCAAAAGAAGAUGAUCAAACAUGUACCAGACCCGCUUCGAUGACUUUCACAGGAAGCUCCUGCGACAACCUCGGAGUCUCAUUUUCAUCUGAACUCUUAAAAACUGUGGAUUGAGCUAUUGUGGAUUGUUGAAGUGUGAUAUUCAGUGGGGGACUAAUGAAAUUCCCUCUUAAAUAAUGUGCCAUGUAAUACAAGGACUUUUAACAAAUUAUUUUAAUCUUGUGGACCGCUGGCACAUUUCCAUGUUUGACUCUUAUAGCCUCUUAAAGAAUGUUUUCAUUUUAACAAAUCCCAAAAAACAACAAGAAACAAAAAACAUUUUGCAUCCUCAUUUCAGAAAUAGAGGCAGAUUGUUUUUUUUACAUCUGUACAGAUCUGCUGGUGGACAGAUAGGUUCUUCUUGAACUUAUUGCUAGAUGUUUGUGGUCGACAUUUGACAAAGACACUGCGAAGGCGUCAUUAGCGUGUGGUUGAAGGACUUUUUUCCAUUUCUGCCUAUAUGAAACUUACAGUCUGACUUUAGCUUUAAUUAAACAGACUUAAUGGUGAGGUACUGAAUCUAACAGAUAUAAUAUUCACUCAGGAAAAACACUGUUGUGUGAUAAAAUAUGUAAAUUUGAGUCAAAUCAGAUUUAUUUAUAUAGUGUUUUUUUUUUCUUUCUUUCUUUCCAACACACAUUGCUUCAAAGCAGCUUAACAGCAAAUCUGAAUGUUAAUGUUAAUAUUAUCUUAAUAUCUUCAUGCCUUAUAGAUUUGAGCCAGGAGAUAAUAUCGUUUGUAUUCUGAGAUGAUGAAGCAAUCAAGCAGUUGGUAUAUAUUGACCUACGAAGAGCUUACAAUUACAUUGUAGCAAAAAAUUAAAUAAAUAAAUAAAAAUAAGGCAGUUAUUUCUAAGAAGCUACUGCUAUUUUUGAUAUCAUAACUUGUUUUUGUUUGUCAACGUCUG